UAGCACAGACCGGAAGCUGGUCUGGGGUGUCAGUACCUAGCUUCCUACAGUGUGUUUAGUAUUUUUGGUUGGCAGCAAAUUGUUCAGAGCUCAAUUCAAUGUAUAUGUGCGUCGAAUUUUAAUAGUUGUACUUUAGUAAUAAUAUUUUUUAACCGGAAAAUUGACUUUUUAUCUGACAGCUGUUAAAAAUCUUUGUGCAUCAUCGGUUGCUAGCUCGUUCAGGGUGAUUAGCCAAACGUUAAUUUAGAAGCUAACACGGUCAGACUGAUCAUUUUUGAUGGACACUUUGUGAUGAAGGGGGACACGGACGCCUCCGUGGUUAUUCCUGCACCAGAGGACCUGCGGGUACGCUUUUGAGGCGGCAUUUGCCUGUAUGCUGUAUUUGCUCCGUCGCUGUCACAGCGCCGCGUUGCUGUCUACGUCUCGUUGCCUCGUCUUGUGUCCAACGUUGCCAGCUGGGCCAGGCCACGUCCCCGCGGGCGGAUUGACCGGCCAGCGCUGGAGCAGUUUGUGAAAGGAUGCCGGGAGUGCUAAAGUGAAAAGGGAAGUGCAUAGUCUGGAGGGGGGAAAUAUGUGAACAGCCUUCACAAUUCAUGGCUAUGUAAAUGUUGUGUUUCCCGACGGCUGCCGCAUUCACGGCAAGACACGUACACGGAUGUGCUUAACCUCGGGACGACACGCGCACACAGCUCAGUAGGCUGCACAAACGACCAGAAGAGAAGUAACGUUACGCUCGGGCUGUUUUGACAUGAUCGGGUUUGGUGCUAACCGGCGUGGGGGCCGGAUCCCGUCCUUCAUCCUCGUCUUUUUGAUGGUGAUCAUCGCCAUACUGUCUUUCAACUACUGGACUGUGUCCAACAAGCACGGCCGCUUGCUGGACGAGCUGGCGGAGGUGCAGACGCAGGUGAAGCGCACGGACGCGGCGCGGAGCCGGCUGGAGAAGCGGAACUCGGAGCUGAUGGUGCAGGUGGACUCACACAGGAAGCAAAUCGACCAGAGGGAUGGAGAUUACAGCGUCCUGGAGGGUAAACUCCAGGCCCGAGAGGCGCACAUAAAGAAGUGCACAGAUGAGAAGAUGAAGAUACAAGAUGAUGUCACGGCCCAGAUGACUGAGAUACAGAGACUGAAAGAGCAACUAAAGGAGCUGAAGCAAGAGUUCAUGAAGCAAGAACAGCAGCUAAUAGAGGUGAAGAAAAAUAGCACUACGUUGGAGAAAAAGUUGGAGUAUGAGAGUUUACAGUGUGGGCGUCAGAUUGCAGAACUGAAAGGAGAGUAUGAAGAAACUAAAAAGAGCCUGGAGGAAGAAACAUCCAAGCGAAAACAGAGUGUCAUGGAUGGCCAAAAGGGUGUCGUGAUAGGUAGGCAUCCAGGUGAAGCACACGGUGUGGACACAAUCAGAGAGCGCCAUCCAGUUCCCACUCACCGACAUGACAGACAGGCCGACCUAAAAGAAGAAAUGGGCAAACCUGGUAGUGAUGCUGGCAUGCCUGGUAUUGAAGACAGUGAGGUGGGAAAAAUUGAUGAAGUCCAAUUUGCCUUGAAGAAACCCGCCAUCACUCAGAAGCACCCUGAUGGCCCCAAUGUGGCAGCUGAACCUGGACUCGGAGCAGCUGAUGGUCCCGGAGGUCAAGGCCUGUUGCUGGACCAGCCCAGACUCCAGCUGGAAGGAGCAGAAGGCCGAGCUGAGGUGAUCGGGGCCCAAGCUGUUUUCAAGCAGCCUGACAAGCCAGUCGUUUUUGAAGAGAAUAACAAAGCAGGCAUGAAGGCGGACGAGCUGGGAGAGCAACAACGACAGGUUCAAGCUCCUGAUGAUGCCAAGGUUGACAGUGAGCACUUAAAGAGGAUUCCUUUACCCCCCAAUGGUGCUCAAGUGCCCAAUCCCAUACAGCCUCACCGGCUUAGAGACCAAGCUCCAGCGAGGCCUGUUCACCACCGCCAGAGCCGAUUCUUUGAUGAGAAUGAGUCCCCAGUAGAUCCGCAGCACGGCUCUAAGCUAGCGGACUACAAUGGGGACGAUGGGAACGUGGGUGAGUAUGAGGCCGACAAGCAGGCCGAGCUGGCCUACAAUGAGGAAGAGGAUGGUGAUGGUGGGGAGGAAGACGUACAAGACGAUGAUGAUCGGGACAUGCAAGGAGACCGGGCUGUGGAUUAUGGGAAAAGACGUCAAGCCAAUGACAUUCUUUGAAUGGAAUCAUUCAAACAGCAGUCCGACCCUGUCUAAGUCCUGGAGGACUACUUGACAAAAUAGUUUCAUGUUUGAAGAACUCAAGGUGCAUUCUCCAUGUCAUGGACUAUUUGACGGAACACUAAUGAAUCCAUUUUGAAUACUGUUGUAUAACAAAGAAAAUUUCAUGAUAUUUUUCCUCAGCUGCAAUAGAUUUGCAAACUGUUAGAAGUUAUGGCGUUAGAUAUACUAUGCUGUGCUGUUUUUUUUUUCUUUUUUUCUUACUGGAUAACUGCAUCGGUUUGGAAUAGAGGGAUUUACCGAAGGCCAUUGAAUCACAUCUGAACUUUAUGGUUGUUGUUCUUUUUUUACAUUUUUUAUCUGUUUGCAUCUGCUUAUUAUAGACGAAUGCUUCCUGAAAUGUUUAUGAAAGACUAAUGUGGCAUUCUGCCUUUCUAACAUCAUUGGGACUCUUAUGUGGAUUUUUUUUUUUUUUUUGAACAUGAGUGGGAACACAUUUGCCAAGGACUCAUCAAAAGGCCUAUUAAAUCUAACUUUUCUUUUUGUGCUGGACACUCAAGUGUUCCUUGUUCCUUUUUUUUAUUUUCUCAAAUGGCCUUGCAUGCAGUCGAAACUUUCAAGUAAACUGAGCAAAACACUAUUGCUGAAGCAAUACGCGGAGUGUGCAGCAUCUACCAAGCACACCUGGAACUCUCAGACCAUACUUCCGUUCAAGAGCUCAUCAUAUAGUUGAACUUUUGCCAUUUGUACUGAAGGAGCCCAAGUUAUCACCUUUGGGUGGGAGGGGAUCUGUUACCUGAAAUAAGCUAUGUUUGUGCAACCAGGAUACAUGAUUUCCUAUGAAAAGGCACAUUGAAUGUAAAGUAAUUUUAUUAAAGGUGAUGCCAUGUCA